CCAGCCUUCCUUCAAUUAUUCAGCAGAUGUAUAAAUAUGAAGCAGGAUGCUGAUCUCAGAAUAGAUGGCAGAAGAGGAACAGAUAAUGGUGGGAAGGAGAAAAAAGGGGUAGAUGAAGGAGUCGAUGGGCUUUGAUUUAAUAGAUGACCAGUGUUGUAGAAAUGACGGACAGCUGCUUGGUUGACUUAACUCCAAAGAGCUUUAGAAAAAGGCUUAACAAAGUAGUCACUGUUAAUACCACAGGGCCAUAUCUGCACCUCCAUCCGUGUCUAGUCCUCCUGCCGUGAUAUAAUUAUUCACGGUGGGAUAAAUCCGCAAGCUUAUCAUACACAAAGCCUCCUCGUAAGAUAUUAUGAUAUUUUACUGUUGUGGGCCUACACCUUAGCGCGUUUCAUCUUGGAAGGGGGGGGAUCAGAUAAAUGCGUGAGAGAGGGACUGUUACGCACGGUGCGUCUCCAUCAUGACGUCGUGAAUUAGCUCAAGAUCGUAGAGGGGGAGAGAAAAAAAGAGAGGAGUGUGGUGAAUCGGUGUUUCGUCGUUUAUUGGGAUGCGUUUGUAUAUAGUGCCUGUAUAUUUUUUGUAUGGAUUUAGGUCAUUUCUUACCAUUGCCAUGCGUAACUGCAAUACAUGGAAAGAAACCGAAUAAGAUACGUUUUGUUUUUGUAACAUUCCGUUUACGAACGGAGCAGCUUGCACAUUUAUAGCCAUAUUAAUACAGCCAUAAAAAUCGUUGCAAAGAUGCAUAUUUUUACCAAAUAAUCCGACACUGGGCUUUCCCUGGCGUGUCCCAUCCGGAGGACGCACUGUUAUCUUGACUGAGCGCAUCGAAACUAAUAGCCAUCACGGAUUCCCUCGUCAACAGCCGACAAGUAACUACCGGCAGCAUACGAUCCAGAGAUGGCACGGCUAUUGUUUCUGAUUAUUCUCUAUGCUCUUCCAUCUCUUGUUGUGCCCAUACAUAAUUCAUCAACUGGAGGCUGUGCCAUCAUCCGGCCUCCCAGGGAUGGGGGGAUCCGAUACAGAGGCCUGACACAAGAACAGAUCCGCAGUGUGCAGAUCCUGCCUGUGGAUUAUGAGAUAGAGUACAUCUGCAGAGGCAACCGGGUGAUCGUGGGACCCAAGGUCAGGAAGUGCUUACCCGACGGCACAUGGACGGACAUCACGCACCACAGCAGAUGUUUGCUGCUGUGCCCGCGGGUGUGGACUUCCCUGGAGAACGGCCGGGUGACCGUGAAGCCCCCAGGGCCACCAGUGGAAGGGACAGUGCUCCAUUACAGCUGCCACGCCGGCUUCAUCCUGGAGGGCAGAAAUAUCAGCCAUUGCACUAAACUGGGCAAGUGGGACGCGCCUAAACCCACCUGCCUCUAUGACAGAAACUACACAGGCAAGAAGAAGCUGUACAUCGGAGCGCUGUUCCCCAUGAGCGGAGGCUGGCCGGGCGGUCAGGCGUGUAUGCCCUCCGCUCAGAUGGCCCUGGACCUGGUGAACAACAGGAGCGACAUCCUGCCCGACUACGAGCUGGAGCUCAUCCACUACGACAGCAUGUGUGACCCAGGGGAAGCCACCAAGUUGCUGUAUGACCUUCUGUACACCGAGCCCAUCAAGAUUGUCCUGAUGCCCGGCUGCAGCGGCGUCUCCACAUUGGUGGCCGAAGCUGCUCGCAUGUGGAACCUCAUAGUGCUGUCCUAUGGCUCCAGCUCGCCGGCCCUGUCCAACCGCCAGCGCUUUCCCACCUUCUUCCGCACGCACCCGUCGGCCACCCUUCACAACCCCACCAGGGUGCAGCUCUUCCAGAAGUGGAAGUGGACCCGUAUCGCCACCAUCCAGCAGACCACUGAAGUCUUCACCUCAACUCUGGACGAUCUGGAACAGAGGACGAAGGAGGCAGGCAUCGAGAUCAGCGUUCGCCAGAGUUUCCUCACCGACCCUGCUGUCGCUGUCAAGAACCUCAAGCGCCAGGAUGCAAGGAUCAUUGUGGGGCUCUUUUAUGAGACCGAAGCCAGGAAGGUGUUUUGUGAGGUGUUCAAGGAGAAGCUCUAUGGGAAGAAGUACGUGUGGUUCCUGAUAGGCUGGUACGCAGACAACUGGUUCAAAAUCAAAGACCCAGCUAUCAACUGUACAGUGGAGAACAUGACAGAGGCCGUGGAGGGACACGUGACCACCGAGAUCGUCAUGCUGAAUCCUGAGACUGUCCGCGGCGUCUCCAAUAUGACAUCGCAGGAGUUUAUAGCCGCCUUGAUGUCUCGUCUGGGUGGGAAGAACCCUGAGGAGACUGGUGGGUUUCAGGAGGCCCCUCUAGCCUACGAUGCAGUGUGGGCUCUGGCCCUUGCCCUCAAUAAGACCGUGGCACCACUGAAGGCCAAAGGUCGACGACUGGAAGAUUUCAACUAUAACAACCAUGACAUCACCUCCGAGAUCUAUAGGGCACUCAACACAAGCUCCUUUGAAGGUGUUUCGGGCCAGGUGGUGUUUGACGCCCAGGGCUCUAGGAUGGCAAUGACUCUUAUCGAGCAACUGCAAGGAGGCAGUUACAAGAAGAUCGGUUACUAUGACAGCUCUCAGAAGAACCUCUCCUGGUUCGGCAAUGAUGUUUGGAUAGGUGCUGGACCUCCAGCUGAUCGGACAGUGGUGAUCGAAGAGUACAGGUUCUUGUCUCAAAAGCUGUUUGCAGCAGUGUCCGUCUUUGCUGGCCUCGGCAUCCUGCUCGGAAUCGUCUGUCUAACCUUCAACAUCUACAAUGGCAACGUCCGGUACAUCCAGAACUCUCAGCCGUACCUGAACAACAUGACAGCGGUGGGCUGCAUGAUGGCUCUGGCUGCAGUGUUCCCGCUGGGGAUUGAUGGUCAUCACGUCCACAGAUCACAGUUCCCCGUCGUCUGCCAGUUCCGCCUGUGGCUUCUCGGCCUCGGCUUCAGCCUGGCGUAUGGCAGCAUGUUCACCAAGAUCUGGUGGGUCCACACCCUCUUCACGAAGAAGGAGGAAAAGAAGGAGAAGAAAAAGCAACACUUGGAGCCAUGGAAACUCUACGCAACAGUUGGAGUGCUGCUGGCUAUCGACUUCCUGUCACUCAUGAUCUGGCAGAUUGUGGAUCCUCUGCACAUUACGGUUGAGAAGUUCACUAAGGAGGCCCCUAAAGAAGAUUUGGAUGUCCUGAUUCAGCCCUUGCUGGAGCACUGCAGCUCAGAGAAGAUGAACACGUGGCUCGGUGUGGUUUAUGGCUACAAGGGUCUGCUGCUGCUGCUGGGCAUAUUUCUGGCUUACGAGACCAAGUCUGUCUCCACAGAAAAGAUCAAUGACCAUCGGGCCGUGGGGAUGGCUAUUUACAACGUUGCUGUGUUGUGCCUGAUCACGGCUCCGGUGACUAUGAUCCUGUCUUCACAGCAGGACGCCUCCUUUGCCUUUGCCUCUCUAGCAGUCGUUUUCUCUGCCUACAUCACUUUGGUGGUGCUUUUUGUACCCAAGAUGCGGCGUCUCAUCACCCGCGGUGAGUGGCAGUCGGAGCAGCAGGACACUCUGAAGACCGGCUCGUCCACCAACAACAACGACGAGGAGAAAUCCAGGCAGUUGGAGAGAGAGAACAGGGAGCUGCAAAAGAUCAUCCAGGAGAAAGAAGAGAGGGUAUCGGCGCUACGCAACCAGUUGGCUGAGCGACAGGCUCUACGCAACCGCCGCCGACCCUCCACAGGCCAGAAUCAGAACCACAAUGCCCCGCCGCCCUCGUCCCAGCAGGAUCCCAAGUCUCUGCUUCCCCCACCCGGCUACCCCAACCCCACCACGGACAAUCACUCCCUCCCGCCUUCCUUCUCCAACUCCUCCAACUUGUACCCGGCCGACAGCAAGAUGAGCCGCAACCACUGUCACAACAGCCAGAUCCCACUGCUGUACAAAUAGGCGAGGCACGGGUGGGGGGUGGGGGGUCGCAGAAUGCACUGGAGGGGGGGGGCACAAAACACAAGGAGACACUGUGACUUUCACUUGUUUCUGCGAUGAGCACAGCUGUGUAGUGACACUGUUUUAAAAAACGGCGUGGAAGCACAAAUAAGUACAGGGGAGUGCUUCACACUUGGCAGCUUUGGGGAGAGUCACGCAGGUAACACCUGUACUCACAGUUUUGAUCUCACUGUGUUCAACCCAGCAACGACGCGGCGAUAAGCACAUCUCAGACUAGCAGCACUCGAGGUCCUUUUCCACGGUCAAGUAAACGGAUAGAUCUCUUAAUCGUUCCUCGCCCUCAUUCGUUAUCUUGUUCUGUUGUGGAGACACCGCGUCAAGGAUCUCAAAAGGAAACAUUUGUGUUUGUGUCUUUGCUAUAUCAUCUCCACCUUUUGUCUCUCGAGUUUGUUGACUAGGCAAGCACAUACAGUAGUGAUUUAUAUUGUUCUGUAAUAUCUGAUCUGUUUUGUCAUGGAGUUGUUGUUAAAUUAUUAGUUUACUUUUCAGGAGAGUUGUGAAAACUGAAAUUUACAAAGGGACAAAGCUAUGUACAGUUUUUUUUUUUCCAAUGUUUCCUCUGAAGAGCAGCUGAGCUCGACUGUGUGGAAUACUGGUUUCACUGAAAAGUGAUAAUGUGCAUUAUUAAAGAGCCAUAACUUAGAAAGGCCAAUGAGCUUGGCAUGUAUGGAUGUCUGUUGUCAGGACUGUGUAUUCAAGUACAACACUGCAUCUUAAAAAUCCAGUCCUUUGCUGGUGUACGAAUAUUAGACCCAUUUUAAAGGAGAAAAUGAUCAAAGCUUGCUGAUGUGUAAGGAAAAUUUUGAUAGUUUUGCCAUUUGAAAUAAUGUUUUACAAUGUAUUUUUUGAGAUUUGUGUUGUAUCUAUUUAGCAGUAAAGUACAGUAGUAGCCAUCAAAUAAAUCCCUCAUCCUGCAUCUAAUGUAUUUUGCAGACUGCAGCUGAUUCUCACAAUUUAAGGGUUAGAGGAUGUUAGAAUCCCAAACUGGAAAACUCCAACUUCCAACUUGCCAGAAGAAUAGUUUGUACUUUCUGCCUCCUGAAAAUGAAGGCCAAUUUAUAUUUCUACAGCAGCAGUGCAGUGAGAUGUGGGGCUUCUACGAUGGCUAUGUCUGUAGAUAUUCAGAGAAAGCACAGUUUUUUCCUCAACAUUUUAUACAUAUGAAUAUGUUACAUGUCAUUCUUGUAAGCCUUUUUAUUUUCAGAGAAUGUUUUUGUAAUGUUUUCCCAUAACAGACAAUCUGGAUGGAUGCUUUUUUUUUCUUUUCCAUUUUGCCUUUGAAUAAGUUGUAAAUGAAUCAAAGAAGGAUAUACGUAAGGUAAUGUGACAUACUGUAGUUAAUCAGCAGUUAAUCUGGAUGUACUAUUUCAUUCAUGAGCUAUUUCCAGAUUUUAUAAAGCAAUGACACCACAGCUUUACCAGCAGGUAAAACAAUACUUUGUCAAAUAUUUUUAAAUAUAUAUAUUUCAGUGUGCACUUUAACUGAACAAACUAUGGUUAUUCCACUUUAUGUUGCUGUUAUUCUAAUACAUUUAGGCUCAGGGUAUGGAGAAGGACAGUCACAGGACAUAAAUGAAUGAAAUAGGCCAUAUUUAUUAACUAACUGUACAGUACCUGGAUCAGACAGUGUAACAUAUGAAUGCAGAAAGAAUUUAGGAAAUGUUCUAUUAUCAUGCACAUAUAUGACAAUAUACAUGGAUUUGGGGAUAUUUGUAAUCAAUAUAUCUAAGAUCUUAAAUGUUAAUAUAUUUCGGAGUAUGUGUAAGCAAAUAUAUGAGUACCAUAAAUAAAAUAAUUGUUUUUUCAUUGGGAA